CGCUGAAGCACUUUAUUAGCCAAAGGUACCAAUAUGGCGGAGGCUUCCUUUGGAAGUUCAAGCCCAGUCGGCUCGUUGUCCUCUGAGGAUCACGAUUUUGAUCCAACAGCAGAAAUGUUAGUGCAUGAGUAUGAUGAUGAGCGAACUCUUGAGGAAGAGGAACUGAUGGAGGGAGAGAGAAACUUCAGUGCAGAAAUCGAAGAUCUACAAAAGGAGGGUACCAUGCCGAUAGAGGAGCUGCUGGCCAUUUAUCGAUAUGAAGCGUCUGUCAGUACUGUUGCAGGCUCAAAUGUGGGUAGCUCUCCAGGGGAACUGACAGAUGAGUUACCUGAUAUGACUUUAGACAAGGAGGAAAUAGCUAAAGACCUUUUAUCUGGUGAUGAUGAAGAAACACAGUCCUCGGCUGAUGAUUUGACCCCAUCAGUUACUUCACAUGAGACAACAGAUUUCUUUCCUCGGACUCUAAGAUCAAACGCUAUAUAUGAUUGUGAUAGAGAGUCAGAGGGGGAAGAUGAUGGUGUAAAUCCCUCUGAAGACUCAAGAAAGGAAAUAAUGGUAGGCUCUCAGUACCAAGCAGAAAUUCCUUCCCAUCUGUGCAAGUAUACUGAUGAUGAAAAGGUAUAUGAAGACGAUGAUCAACUCCUUUGGAGCCCAACUGUCCUGCCUGAGAGUGAGGUUAAAGACUUCCUGCAUGAGGCAUCACUGCGGGUAGUAGAUGGAAAGACACAGGGAACAGCAGAAGGAGCUCAAGUUAGAGACAAUGAGCAAGCACUGUACAAACUAUUGAAGUGUAACUAUAAUAUCCAUGAAGCACUUGAAAGGUACCGCAAGGAUGGAAAGUCUUUGAAAGAUGAAAUGCUCCCAUGGACAGAAGAAGAAUGCAGAAAUUUUGAACACGCACUUCAGCUGUACGACAAGAAUUUUUACCUUGUACAAAAACAUAAGGUUACAACAAGAACUGUUGCUGAAUGUGUAGCCUUUUAUUAUGUGUGGAAAAAGUCAGAGCGUUUUGAUUACUUUGUCCAGCAAAAUAGAUUUGGAAAGAAAAAAUACAGCAGCUACCCUGGUGUGACGGACUUAAUGGAUCGGCUUGUUGAUGAAGCUGAAGGGUUAGGAGUCGAUGGUUCCCCUUCAGUAUGUUCAAGCAGUGGCAGAAUGGAGCCCAUUCCUGACCAACAGCUCAGUAUACUGAACUCAAUCACUGCUAGUGAUUUGACGGCACUGACCAAUACUGUGGCCACAGUCUGCAACUCGACAGAUGUAAACUGUUUGGAAUCCUAUACUUUCUCCCCACUGGACAGCUUGCACAGAGCACCACUGAACCAUGUGCCUGUUGUAAAUGAAGAGCCCCUAAACUUUACUACUAAUGGCGAUACUGACUGUCUGAAUUUAUUAGAUGCUGGAUUCUACCACUCUGAUUUGAACCAGAUCAGUAUGUGCAGCGAGGACUGCGAAAGGCCUGCAAAGAGAUUAAAAAUCGGUCUUUCCGAACCAUUUAUCAAUGACGUUUCUGUAAAUAAUCUUGGUGUGGACUUUGAGAACCACACACAUCACAUCACAAGUGCCAAGAUGGCUGUGUCGGUGGCGGACUUUGGUAGCUUGUCCUCCAACGAGUCUAAUGGAUUCAUGAACUCGCACACACUACAUCAACACGCAGCUCUCCAAUCUGAGUGACUGACAGUGAAAAAACAUUGAUUCAUUACCAUUGAGCUUUAUGGCUUAAACCAUCAAGUGUGUAAAUAUACUCAUUCACUGGAAGUUUUAAUUCUUUUUUUUUUUUUUACUACGACAUCAGUGAUGUCUUUUAUCAUAUAGACCUAAAUCUUGAUUUCUCAAGAGUUAAAAUAGCCAUUUAUUUGUCAGUCCUAAAUGUGGAAGUGUCAUAAGUUGAUGUUCAUAGAAGCUUGGACCUUAAUGUUGUGGUGUAAGUGUGAGUUCUGCAGGCUUUUUUUUUUUUUUUUUUUUUUUUUCUUCGUUCUUCUCUGAGCUGAACUUAUGACCACAUCUCUAAACCAAUGACAAGGUUCUUGAGCCACAUGGAAUGGCUGCCAUAAUAUUUUUUGUUUUGAAAUGGGUACUUUUGGAAUAUCAGUGUUUACAGGUACCAAGACUAGACCCUGGCUAAUGUAGCAUUUUGUAAGGGUCCAAGCUUUUAUAUUAUAUGCACAGAUUAGUGCAAACACUUUCUUAAAUGGAGCCUUCUGUAUAUCAGAAGGGGAGCACUUCAGUUUACAAAACCGUAAGAAUUAUUUUGUGGAAGCAGGCACAGGGACUGCAGCUGAAAAGCGGGGAAAGCAUCAGUUUUCGAGCAGGCAAAUUGGUGUGACUGCCCUACGAUGAAAGUUGGACUCCACUGCCAGAUCUCUCUCUCUCUCUCUCUCUCUCUCUCUCUCUGUAUUUAACCUUGUAAAAUUGGCUAGAAAUUUAACAUUUCAGUUUUAUUUUAUACAAAAUAUUUUUUCCAAGCCAAUGAAAGUUUGUGAUUUAUGAUAUAUAAAGUUACACAUUUCUUGGUGUAUCCUAAAAUAAGUUCAUAUACUAUAGUUAAAGUACUGUUUUUAAUUUUGAUAUUAAACAUACUUUUGUGUCAUUGUUUUAAAAGUAGUGAUGUGAAAAACUGCAGUUCAUAAUGUUUAGAGUUGGGAAUUAUCUGUAUUUCAGUUGUAUAGUUCUAUAGUUUUCAGUAUCACAUGGCAACAAAUAGGGUUCAUUUACUCAGCAACCGUGUGAUAAUACGUUUUCAUCAUGUCUUGUAUUUCAAUCAUGACAAUCUGAGUCUUGAAACUGAAAACGGACUUUAGUGGAUAAAGGGUGGGUAUUUAUUAAAAAAUAACAUUAUGAACUGCACUCAUCACUCAUUGCUGCUUUAGUCUUUGUAUGUUUCAAUGCUUUUCUAGUAAUUGUACAGUGAAUUUAAAAUAGGCACAUUGAACUUUUCUUAAUUUUGAGAAGUAUAAGAAUCUAUUUUGACUGACUUGAGUACUAUUUAUGUAAGUUAAGUGCAUGUACAUCUUUAGUAGGCUUGUCAUGGUGAAUAGUAAAUAAAAUCUAUAUAAUAUAGUUCAAAUGUUUUAUUGUGCAAAAGGAUGUAAACACAUAAGGACACAACACUUAACGGGUAGUCUUGGCUUGUGCCAGUAUUAUGUAAUUUCCCACAUUGUCAGCUCCUUGUUGCAGUGUUUUUUGCAAGUCUUUGCAAUGUGUUGGAUCCCUAUUUUCAAACUCUGUCAUCUGAAUCUAGCUGCAUAUGGAGAAUAUGGUGUACACAUUAAUUAUGUAUUUUGAGUUUAUUAGCUGGUCAUCUCACAUGCUCAUGACAAAUGCCUUUGCUCAAAGCUUGCCAGAUCAACCCAUUGCCAGUUGUUAAUGUAGUACUGGUGUUUACUUGAUUUAUCUAUGCAUUUGAAGAGAUCUAAAAUAUGGUAGGACAUUUUUUCAGGGCAACUGAAUUUUGAAUGUCAAUUCACAAAAAAUGUGGUUACUUAAAAUGGCAGUCUCAUGAUGCAAAGAAUUGAAGGUUACUGAAUUACUAAUUGUUGGGUAGUCUUAAAGUCAAACUUGUUUGACCACUUGUGAAUUUGUGUUGACAAAGAUUUUAAUUUGUUAUAAGGCAAUAAUUUGUAAAUAUGUAUAGACUUUACCUUUUUAGAUUAAACUUGUUUUGAAAUUUUGUUUUCUGUCAUCUGCAGCAGUGAAGGGCAGCAUGUCCAUGCAUGCUAGCUGCAAAUUCACAAAGUGUACCACUAAAAAGGCUUUACGUUUGUACCUAGCUAUUUAAUGUUGCUUUAAAGUUUAUAUAUUUGUUCCUGUAAAAUAACUUCUUUUGAUACAGAUUGUACUAUUUGGUAAACAAUUUUGAGGAUUAAUCAUCAGAGAUUCAUAUCCGUGGUAAAUGCAGAUAAUAAACCACAUCAACUCUACAGACCUAAAAAUUGUUUGAGGUGAAAUCAUUCUCAUUUCUGAAAAGAAAUUUGCUGUUCAGAACAUUUCCAUCACAAAACAAAAGUGGGGUGGAAUCAUAUGUUUGUAUUUUGCAAGUGGUUAUAGGAACACACAAUAUUGUUUCUGGAUCUGAAGAUUAAUGUUGCGUAUGAAGUGAUUUUAUCGUGAGCUUUUUAAAAAGGUUAAAGACAUAAGGAGUCCUAUGGAAGUUUGAACACUAAAAGGAAACAAGUGCUUUGAAAUGGAUUAAUGUAGGAUUUAAGUGCAGGUCUCGAUUGUCUGAUUCUUAACUUUAAGACCUAUCAAACUGUGUGCUUUGUUAAUAGCUUUCUUACCUGUCAAACAGUUUGUUUUAAUGUUUUGUACAAUACAAAUAAUAUCCCUUUACAUAUAAAAAGCAGGUAAUUUCUUACCUAGAAAGCUUUUAAGUAUUUGUAUAAAGUUCUUGACAAUUGGAUGACUGGUAAAAAGAGUACCUGGUGCUGUGGAUAUAGCAAUAUAUCCCCCCCCCCCCCAUUUCUUUUUUUCAUCAUAACAAGCCUUUUCAUAUUUGCAUACAUAUUUAUUUCUCCCUCAUAUUAAACUUACUUGAAGGAUGUACAUUACUGUGAUACUGGUUGGAAAAUACUAAAGUGUGUACAAUUGGGUCACUCAAUUCUUUCCUCUUGUCCAUGCUGAGCUUCAGCAAAACCAAGUGAUAUUUGCUUUAUCCAAAGUUGAUAUGAAACAGCCCUAGGUAUCAUUAGAAUGUAAACUAAUGGAAAUGUACUUGUAGGGAAGUAUGUAUAUUUGAAAGCCCUCCCCCUGAAACAUAUAAAAUAAAAUGAGAUAUUUUAAAGAAAUAGUAAGUAUAGUUUGUUUUGUUAGCGGAAUAUUGAUUUGUACUUUUCUGAGAUAUUUUUUUUACUUUUACUUUUAAUAAAUAGAGCAAAGAGGAGAAAAAAGCAUUAACAGUAUUGCUGAGUUGAAUUAUUAUUAGUCACUGUUCUGGUAUAAAAA